UCAGGUGACUUCGGGUCCCGUGGCGACCGGCGCCUGGAUGCCGUCCGUUCGUCGCUGAGGUCAGGUGCGAGCGGACCGAACAUGUCGGCCUACCCGAGUCGGUACAACCCCUUCGCCGAGGACGAUGACGACGAGGAGCGGGGCUUCGGCCGGCCGCAAGCCGGCGGGGCGGCCUCGGAGGACGGCUGGAGCGACGCGGCCGAGCGGCAGCGCUCCCUGAGGCAGCAGGCGCUGAGCAGCGCCCGGCGGGCCGUGCAGAGCAGCGACCGCUGCGUCGCCCUCGUCUACGAGUCGGAGCAAGUGGGCGCUGACACGGCCGAGGAACUAUUACGACAAGGUGAUGCACUGAGACGAACAGAUAAAAUGCUGGAUAAAAUGGACCAGGAUCUGAAAGUUAGCCAGAGACACAUCAACAGCAUCAAGAGUAUCUUUGGUGGCAUUACAAACUACUUCAAAUCUAGGAACUCUGAACCACAAGCCUCUCCAGAACCUGAAAAGCAAACUAGGAGCAAAUUGCAAGAAAGUUUGGAUAAAAGCAAGCAGCAGGAUGAGAACUACCAGGCAAAUCAUCCAAAUUUGAGGAAACUGGACACCUCAGGUUUUGGAGCUACUAGUAGUUCUGCAGCAGAAAAUAACAAUUACCCCAAGAACAACUACCUUCGUGCUUGUCAUGAACAGAUGGAUAACAAUCUAGAUUUGAUGUCCUCUGGCUUGGGACGUCUGAAGGGUCUUGCCAUUGGCCUACAAACAGAAAUUGAUGAACAGGAUGAGAUCAUUCACCGCUUGACAGCCAAGACGGAGCGGGUUGAGUCCAAGAUUGGAGCAACUGAUCGACAGAUACGUAAACUUUAAAGAGAAGUGUUGAAUUGGGUCUCCGUGGGAUUUGCAUCAACAGCCACUACCCUUGUAGAAAUCGCACCUUUUUGUAUUCAGAUGCUAUAACAAGCAGAGUCUAGAAAUGUGCAGAUUCUCCUGAAAUUGAAUCAGUCCUCAAUGAAACUGGUUUCUGAAUUCUUGGAAUGGAUUAAAUUAGUGUUCUGUUGCCUACAUUCAGGUUUACGUUAAGUAAAUACUGACAUGUAUGAAGCUGAAGCUAACCUGCAAUGUUAGUUUAAUUGUUUUCACUUGUGUCAAUUUGUAAGGAAGAGGGAAAUUGUGUGAUUUAAACGUGUUAGUAAUGCAAACCUUGGAUGCAUUUUGCUGCACUUGCAUUGAUGUUCCUGUAACCGAAUGGAGCCAAGAGACCUCGCUUCUUGAAAACUAACUAGAACAAGGCUUCAAUUCGGAACAGUUGUCUAUGGCCGGUUGAUAUUGUCCACAAUUUUUCAUUGUCUAUUCCGUUUCAUCCAUUCAUUAUUUGUGAUUUGGCUUGCAUUGUACAGGAGCCCUGCAUAUGUGUAUUAAUUGUACAUAAUUUUUAUGGUGAUUGAUAUCUAAUACCAAUAAAUAUUUGCAAUAGUUAAGAGCAAUUAUCCAUUUCAAAACAAACCUAUUUCAAUUUUGUGUGUUAAAACCUUUUUAAAGAAGUGCUUCGAAUAUAAAGUCCUUUGUCCUUUUUGGUCUUGAUCUGUUGAAGUAAUCCAACACAGUGCAACCUGCUGUUCAGAAGGGAGAUGUAUUGAUACCACUGGAGAAGAGCUUUUCAGAGCAUACCUACUCAAAGCUGUUAAUUUGACCUUGUUUUCUCUCCAUUGCAGUCAGGAUUUCCUUUCAUCAGGGGAAGCAUUUCUGCUGACAGCUGUUACCAGAAUACCCAGCAAAUUUCCAGGAGAUUGCCUUUAUGGAAGUUAAGAUGUCAAGAGUUUUACAUGAGCAGCAUGCUCACAGAAUUACUGCAGUCCUAAAUAUUUGCUUGUGCAGUGCAAAACGGUUUUAAAUGAAGAAAAAUUAUCCUGCAAAGCUUUCUCACUUAUCAAAUUGUAUUUAUCAUUGAGCAGUGCAUUUAACAUUUAUUAUAGUGCUGUUUCUUACCUCUGUCCCUUAAACCAUUUUUACUAUUAUGAAAGGCUGAGGGCUGCAUAAUGGGGAUUUCAUUGACUGUUGAACCAAAGCACCCAUUGGGAUAGCUGUAGCACUUCUCUGGUCUAUUCACGGUGUUACAAUGCUGUAACCACUUGGUUGCUGCUGUGACCACCUACUGUUACAGUACCAUUUCUCUUGAAGAAUAAGGGAGUUUCUUUUUGUUCCUCAUUCAAUGUUUUAGCUGAAUAACAAUGCACAUCAUCAGUUUUGCACAAAGGAUCUGGAAACAAUGAGUAAAGCAACUGGUCCAGAAUCAAAAUUUUUAUCCUUGAUUCACAAGUUGUCAAUUUUUUUAAAAGGCUCAGGCUUAGAAUUGAGUCAAAGUAUAAGAGUUGGUGAAUCUUUUGAAGAUCAGUGACUGAAUUUGAAGUCAACCUAGUUGAAUGUAACUGGUGUGGAGGAUACAGUAAGCCCUUGUUCACAUUUCUAAAUGCUAGAAAUCCUGUUUAUCCACAAGUUAAUUUCUGUACCAGAAAGUGGCAUUCAGUGCCCUUUCUGAGGAUGUACCAAACCUUGUUUGCGAUCAAAGAAAAAUGAACAAAUAAGGCAUUCAUGUCCUUAAUUUGAUUUGUGCAUGUGUAAUGUUGGUUUACAGAUCAAGCUGUUUUGUAUAUCAGCUUGCUGCUUCCAAAAUCACUUCUAAUGCAAAAUCAGUUGGCACACCUUUGUGGAACUAUAUAGAAUUGAUAGCUUCCAAACACCAAGUGGCAAUAGUUUUCCUUUUUAAAUUCUGCAAAUUUCGGUAAUGAAUUCACUAAGCACAAGAUUAGUUUCACCUUAAUAUACAUGUUAAAUUUCUUUUGCAUGUUAAAGUAGCUUUUAGCUUAAAAUAAAAUGCUGGGAAUUUUACUGGAAAAUACUGCAGACUUUAUUUUCAGAUGUUGAAGUGCUUCUAAAUGUUAAGUGUGGGUUAUCCAUAUGCUUGAUAACUGGUUACCUUGCUCCUUUUUUCCCCCAAAAGUGCAUUAAUCAGGAUGCAUUUUGCAAAUCACCUCGACAAAUGACUGAAGUAGUGUGUGUACACUAAUAUCAUGUUAGUCUAGCUCUGCUGUUGCACAAUAUGUAAUUAGUUAAUUGAUUUUUCCACCUCCUGAGAUGGUGGAUUGUACCUUAAGAGUUGAUUUCCAACUGUGAUUUAAUCUGGUUAUAAAUUGGCAUGACUCAAUUUCUUUUCUGAGCCAGAGAGCAGUGCACCACAAUAAAGCAUUUUGAAACCUUGCUCCUGCUUAAAAACAUUGAACUGUUUAAAAGGCAAUAAAUAUAGCCCUGGUGGAACUUUGCCUUACUUGGUAAUGCAUUUGAACACUGGUUAGAUGGAUAAUUGCACGUUGUAAGACUAGAUGAGAUGUUUUGAAAUGUGUUUAGAUGGAGUAGCUAUAUCCAAACCAAUUGAGUGCCUUGCAUGAAACGUUACAAGUGUGAGUCUAUUUAGAAUAGAUUUUCCCUUGUAGAUGCAAGUAUAGUUUGCCACAAAGCAUGGGGUUUCUGGUACAACUUUCAUAGUACUGACUUGUAUACAUUAAACAAUGUACAGCCUAAUGAAAUGUUGAUUUAUUAAUGGAUUGAAAUAUUUAUACUUUGAGCCAUCUAAACUGCCUUUCCCUGUUUUUGAACUUUUGAUCUUUGCAAUAAAGCCAUAAAACACCACCUA